CCCUUAUAACGGCCACUCAAGUCGUAGACUGUCAUGUACACACUGUGCCGUCACGUGGCUGUCCUUACUUUCACAGCCUUUACCGACUAAGUGAAUCGUGACAUCUGUGGCUAUCGACGUGUCGUGAUUUUUUUUUUUUUUUUCGGUUGGCGUGCGUUUGAAAGAUGGAAUUCGCAGCUGUUGGAUUGCGAGGCCCUCGCGUGUUGAAAGAUUAUAACGUCUACUACGGUCUACCAGACCACAGGUGAGCGGCGGUGUAAACACACCUCGUGCUGCGGGUGACGGCCUGGUUGCGCGUGUGCACGCACUCGCACGUUCGUGUGUGACGUGACGGUCGCGCUUCGCGGAGUACGCACUUUCUUUGAAGUCGGCGGCAAUUCCACCUUUUCGAACCGCUACUUGAGGACCGAGAACUGUUUACAAAUCGGCGAGUGCCUUUGACUGAUCUCAAGUGUUUUUUACAUUACUUUUUCGGUUUACUCAGAAUGGAAUUUCACGGUUUCCAAGCAGAAAGGUUUCACUCUGAUUAUUCUGGAUAACAGAUUGGUGAAUGUUUUGGGAAAUACUUAUUGGUUACAAAGAUUGAGGCAGGUGGCAGUUUCUGGUUGGACAGUAAGGUAGAGGUAAAGGGACGGUUCACACGGGAAGAAAAACCCUCGCUUUCAUGUGAAACCUGUUGCGUGGAGGAAAUGUGAGAGUUCUCGCUGGUAUGCUAAUGAAACUGCUGGGUGGCCUGCAAGUCACUCACAUUGUGUGGAGGAUUAUUGCUAACAUUGAUUGAAAACAUUAACUGCUUUAACCUAAAGCGAAAAUAGAAAAAUACUGUCAAACCCACCUGGUAUAAUGAAAGAAUACAGAGGAGUUUACAACCUGCCAACUGAGAAUAGUGAUGCUACAGUGGACAAGGUGUCUUUUCCUGUCUUGGAGUGAUGGAGUGCUGCCGGACGUAUAACGAGUGGAAUGCCAGUCUGGUUAUUUGUUCCUCAGUGACUGUCAAAACACUUAGCUACCAUGAUGCUCCUGAAUCGGCGGAAAACUUACUGGCCAGGCUCCUAAGCUGAACGAAGAAAAUAUAUCACGAGGGAGAAGUUUCUGGACCUUUCCAGCAGCUUGGACAUCGACGCCGACGAGCUGAACAUCAUCUUCAACGCCUUAGACCUCAACGCGAUGAGUCAUCUCGGUGGACGAACUGCGAAUCUUUGCAGACUCCCGGAUGAAAGGAGAGAGAGGAGGAGCUGCUGCUGGGAAGCAACUCUCAGUCCUUUCAACAUCGCAUGGACGCUGCUAGGAGACGGAGGUCUUCGGUGGCGGCUUUGAUGGUCGGAGUGGAUUUUUCUUCUCUCACCUGCACGCGCCAAGAGCAGGUGGUGGAGCUGUACCAGAAGCUGCACACGGGUGAGCACCCUGAGCUGCUGGAGAAUUUCGAGUCCAUCUUGUUGGGGGUCAUCAAAGACAUUCGACAGUACCAGGUGGAAAAUGAGCGACUGGAGAAGACCUUCAAAAGGGAGAAGGAGGUUCACGACAAGCAUCUCCGGCAGUUGGAGGAAGAGAUGGAGCAGCAGAUGCAGAAGGUGGAGGAGAGAGUCCGGAAGCAGGAAAAAGAGCGACUGGAGGCGGAAAAGGCGGCGAUGAGGGCCCACCUGGAUUCUGAAAUCAACUCUCUACAACAGAACCUCAAACGUCUACAGCAGGAAGGCCUCAACAAGUUUGACAAGGAGCAGGAGCAGCAGGUGCUCAACAUGCGCAACCGGCUGGAGGACAUCCAGUCCGAGAACAGGACCCUCAAGAGCGAGCUGACCGACUCGCAGACUAACCUGGCCCUGGUGCGCAGUGAGCUCAUCUCAUUCCGCCAACAGUUUCAAGAAAAGUGCCGUGAACUUGACCUCGAGAAGGAGACUGUCAUGGAUUACCUGCGGGAGCAGGACAACCUCACCAGGCAGCUACAUAUGUUGCAUGACGCCAACAGAGUACUGCAUGACGUCAAUGACGACUUGCGCAUGGCUGUUGAAACAAGCAGAACACCUCCCUCCACGUACAGGCGAAGUUUUUCCAACGAUUCAGGUGGCAGCGGACGGAGUGGUUCUCCCAGAAUACCAGCUACCAACGGAGUUCGUAGAAGUCCAGCCAUCGGGGAUUCUGUUGAUGGUAUAGCACCAGGAAGCCGGCCCUCCUCUACCGGUGCAGCGGCCUCCUUGCUGGAGGAGCUGAGCAUGACUCAGUCCCCUGUGGACGUCCGCAGUUUGAUUGGUGCUCCGAGCUUUGACGAGGAGAGCGUCGCUGAAGAUAUAGGUGAGUUCUGGGCCCUGCCAUCCAGACAGCCACAGUGUUGUGAAACUCAUAGUUUCCUGCAAGCAGACAGCGGUCACUCCACACUACGGGACCUCAACGACGUGGACACGGAGCUGGACAGCGUGUCUGUGGACGGUGAGGUCAGGCGGACGUUGCGGCGACGUAAGAGGUCACGCCAGGGUCGAGUUGCCGAGGAAGAGGAGCCAGACUCACACGACGAGACAGACCCUGACCCUCACGUCCGCUACCGACGGCCAGCCUCAACCGGAAGUCGAGCAAGCGCUCGCAGCAUCAGCCGCGAUGACUCUGUUGCUAGCCACGGGUCACGUGGCAGUCACCGGAUGAGUCGCCGUCAGCUUCCUAUAGCACCACUAGAGGUGACAUCACCAACCAUCGUGAAGGUGACACGUGAACCUGAGCGGAUGUACAAGGUGGUGCUGGCGGGGGACGCGGCGGUGGGCAAGUCCUCCUUCAUUGUCAGGCUGUGCAAAAACAAGUUCGUCCCCAACUUAAGCUCUACCUUGGGUGUGGACUUCCAAACCAAAGUACUGGAAGUAGAUGGACAUACAGUAGCGCUGCAGCUCUGGGACACUGCUGGUCAGGAAAGGUUCCGAUCUAUUGCUAAGUCCUACUUCCGGCGUGCGGAUGGUGUGCUUCUGCUGUACGACUGUACAUACGAGCGGUCGUUCAUCAACGUCAGGGAAUGGCUGGACGCCAUACAGGACAGCUCUCCGAAGAAGAUUCCCAUCAUGCUCGCGGCCAACAAGACUGACCAGCGUGCGGAGCUCCAGCAGCAGGGUCGACGGGUGGUCAGGUUCGAGGACGGCCAGAGGCUCAGUCGGGAAAUUGAUGCAUUGUUCAUAGAAACCAGCGCCAAGGACGGAUCCAACAUUACUGAGGCUGUUAUUGAACUGACAAGAUUACUGCGCACAAACGAGGACAUAGAGGUGAAAACAGCGGGGAUGCAACUCCAGGAAAUGAACGAGAAGAAGACCUCGUGCUGCGGCGGCACCAAGCGCUGACCUCUGACCUCUGACCUGCUGCUUCUUCACUUUCUUCAUUUUAGCAAUCGCAGCUACUGAUGGAAGAUUGACAGCAAUCAGUGCAUGCAUUUCACGUGCAAUUGUUUAUGUUAGAGCCGCGCAGUGUUUUAUAUGAUUUAAACUCUUUUACUUGUGAGCCUGUUCUUUAGAAUUUCAAGCCGAGGAUACAGUGUUGCCAUAGUAACCUGACACCAGCGCUUCCUAUCUUUGAGGACAAACAACUUCCAGUAGGCGCAAACACAAGCCUACUUUUUACUUCUAUAUUUUGCUUGAAUGCCUUAAUUAGUCCGGGGAACCGAUAUUUUUUCUGAAGUUUCUAUUUUUUAAAAACAUUCCAAAUACUUCCUUUGCAUAAACUUUGUGGCCUGAGGUUUAGGUUUCUUAUCGGGAGUGGAUGAAAGCUGUUCUUGCCUUCAGUUUUUAAUUUUAUCAUUAUGCCAAACGACGGUGCUUACACUGGCAUCAUCCACCAUUCUGUCAUCCAUCCUUUAUUUAUUCCUUCAUCGUUGAUGUCAGAAUUCGUGCUGAUGUCCUGCCUGUGGCCUGCACUCACAGAAAUGGUUGUAACCGUGCUGGUCAGUUUUUAUUUUUGUCGCAAACGGCCGAGUGGCAGCGGUGUCGUUAACUAUCACUGUUAUCGACGAUGAUGUCGAGUGAAUCUCUAGAUACUGUCUGGUCUCACAUACUGCAAAUGAAAAUAAUAUUUCAGACAGAAUUGACAAUGCGCCCAUGCACUGUAAUUCUUGUCAUGGUCCCUGCUGACAUUACAUUACCCGCACCAUAAACCUCGUAUAAUAUAAAAUCCUGUGUGUAUUGCUGUUCCAGGAAGUGUUCUUGUUUAUGGUUGGAGGAAACUAAUGGCUAACAGGAAAAGUUAUCCUUGUAUUACAUGCAACUAAGAAUUGCACAUCGCUUGUACACCACCUGGAAUAUUUUGUCAUCUGGGCUGCUAACAGAUAACAGAACUAAAUGGUUUAAAAUGUUUGUUGGUGCUAUGUUCAAGUCUUCCGAGAAAACUGUAGUGAUACUAUGGACUGAACCCCAGAGUGAAGAGAAUCUAUGUAGACAUGAGGAAGACUACUAUGAAAGCUUGAAGUAGACAACAGGCAGUAGUAGACAGACCGCUACAUGUUGACAGUAGACAGAACUUGGAACACCUGGGAUAGACAAUAGCAAUUGGAUAGACAAUAGCAUUUACCGCCUGCGACCCCUCGCUGAGGCUCAUUUUUUUUCUUUCUUUUUUAAACCAUUACAUUCGUUACAAUCUAGCUUGAAGACCAGAAUUGUUUGAGGUUAUUUUUUUGUUGUUGUUCAUUAGUGUAUUUUUUUACGAUAAAGGAGGAUCUGUUUCCUCUCCGAGCGUUGGCCUUCUUUUCCAAAAGCUCUGUUUACUUGUAACACCAAUAACAACCGUCCUUAGAUGGUAUGCUUACUCCUGGCAAGACCAAGGACUACUGUCCUUUCAAGUAGUUUGUUCUUGCCAGCGAAAGAUUUUUCAAGAAAAAUAAACCCCACUGAGCCCCUCUGUCGAAGUGGUCCGAUGACCGAUGCGCUUUGCUCUUGGCACCAGAAAGUGUCCUUAGCUCUUCAACUGAGAGAGCAGACUUGAUCGGUGGGAUCGACAGGGUCCAAACAAUUAGCCAUCUUUCAUUUCGCGUGCUGACAACCUGCUUAAAAACCAAAGGAGUCUCGGGCUGCUUCCGACAGGAAGGCAACUGCUCGAGUUCCUGUCGUCAACAGAGAAAGGCGGCCUAGUCUUUGUUGUGGGACCUCAGUUUCCUGAAGAUGGUUUGGGGUGCGAGGGUCUGUUACCGGAGUGAAGGAGGGGGAUAACCUGAUAACUCAGGACAGGUGUCACGAAGUCAGUGUGGUGUGGCGGUUGUUGAUAUGACAGACUGACAUUAUACCUGUCACCUGUUAAUUACCCAAGUCUUUCUCUCUCCUGCCCCCUUCUUGUCUCCUAGUUGUCAGGUAGUUGUAGGGAGAAGUGGGUUCUACAGAGCUAGAUAGCUGUUCCUUUCCCUCUUUUCAUUCAUACUUAAUUCUCGACAUGUAAUAUGUUCUUGUACAUGUAGUGAUGUUAUAUGCAUCAUGGAGAGUGAUGUCAGUUCGUCUAAUCAGCUUGACAGCUAGUAAUGAUGUUUUGGGGGUCUGGUUCAUAGUCAUCUGUCUUUGAUUGUAAUGACUUUUGUUUUCCUACACUUCUUGCUAGCAUCCUCCUCCUUAUGAUGGACUGUUUCAUUAUCUUUCUCAACGAAGUCUUACAACUUUUCCCUUCCGAUCUGUUCCAUCCGCCAUGAUGGCCAAAUUUCUUUGACUGUAGCAGACAGCAGCUGGGUGUGACAUUGCGGGUAUAUUUUCAUUUUGCUGACUUCCCAUCAUGGGUUUUCUUCAACAUGUUCACAUGUCAAGAUGCCAAGAAUCUACUUUGCUUGACCCUUGUGUACCCCUGUCAGUCAGUCUUAAUGAUUGAACCCUUUGUUCUGAUCAGUAUUUAAAGCACACUGAGCUCGCAUUGAAUGGGCGGGAGGGUGCUAAGUGCAAUUUUAUUAUUAUUAUUAUUAUUAUUAUUAUUAUUAUUAUUAUUAUUAUUAUUAUUAUUAUUAUUAUUAUUAUUAUUAAACUGUGCAUUAAGACAUGCAGGCAUGCUGAGCGUUUCAACGAAGUUCUAAAGUAUUUUCUCUGAAGUAGUUGUUUAUUUGUCCUUUCUAAGCUGCAGGUACGAGCGCUUCCUGUGUGAAAUAACUAGAAUUUUCCUGGACAUUCCCUUUGUGACAGCUCCUUUGCUGGAGGAGAUGAUCCUCUUUGUAUGACCUGGCAUGCUGGAUGGUGAGCUUGCAGAAUAAAGUGUCAUGAUGGGCUGACCUGCCGCUGUGAACCCUUUCUCGAACUCCAGUGUUUCUGCUUUAGGAGAAGUAGGAAAAUAUUUUAGGUUGCAAAAAAAGCAUUUUGUGUUGAUGUUGUUGGUCUUGUUUGUUCCUUAUUUUUCAAGGAGCAUAUUUGUGACUUACCUGUAAACUUAUAUAUGUUUUUUUUCUUAUUUUGUAAAGUUUUGUUGCGACUGUGCAUCCAUGGAACUUCUCUGUUUGUUGUACCUGAUCGUUUUCUGUUUUCCAGUUGAGGCCAUCAUGCUUGCUUCCUUUUGUCUUCGAUUUUUACUUCCUCUCACCGUCUGAGAACCUUCUUACUGUUUCUUUCACUGCAUGGUUCUUUCCUUCUUACUUUCUGCCUCACUGCAUUGUUAAUUCUUUGCCUAGGCUCACUUUUAUCAGUAUUUCAUGACAGAGCUGACUCAUUUACGAUUUCAUAGUAUUAUAGAAAGAAACUCGCCUUAAGUUUUGUUUCUUACAUUUCUCCAUAACAUUACUAACCACUUUACAUUCCAUGUAAUCUUUCCACUAAUCAGGGUAUCAGCCAUUGUUGGACAGGUAUGGAAAUGACAGUCCUAUUGGUCCCUUAGAAAGUGCCUUGUAUCUCAGUGUUUGUGGUUAUUUGUUCCUUUCUUUCUGUAGACCACCCGCAGUAGCUGAGUCCCUGUGUAGUGUUUACCGUACUUCUAGUGUAGGGGUUACCUCCCUACAAGAGAUGGUUCCAGGUUACUAGAUGUUUGUAGGAAUCCCUGCACCAACCCCAGAAGCUUUGCUGCAGAUUCUCUUCGACCAGCCAAAGGGUUAAACUGCUCGUUUAUCACUAUCAGAGUCCUCCUAUAGAAUGAUAAUGAAACACUAAUCAGGACUGACACUGUAGAGGUGUUUUCAUUACUAACAUCUUGAAUCUUCAGACACAGUCUCUUUCAUGCUCUGACGGAAGGGUUCAUGGGUCAUGGACACAUCGCCAUUUCAUUUUAAACAUUUUUUAAAGAGUAAUAACAACAAUAAUAAACAAAUAAUUCUUAUAUUGCGCAAUAGUGUAUCUGAAAGCUACUAACCACGCACAACACACGAUUGUAUCAGGACUUCUAGUAUUCGCUGUUAUGAUUGUUUUCAUUGUCAUAAAUGCCGAUGGUCAUUGUAUCAUGACUGUCCUGUGUUGUGCUGGGGUCAUCCUGACUUCUCUAAUAUCGUAUCCUGACUGCUUUAGCAUUGUAUCCUGACAGCUCUGGUAUUUUAUCCUGACUUCUCUAGUAUUGUAUCCUGACUUCUCUGGUAUUGUAUCCUGACUGCUUUAGCAUUAUAUCCUUACUUUCAUGUGUUCCUUCUAUUAUUGUGGUUGCUUACCUUUCAAGAAGAGAUUGAACUGCUGUAUAUAUUUCAUUCUUGCCGUAUCCACAUCUACUUUUAUAUCUAGUUAUGGUGAGCACAAUAUUUCCAGCAGUAAACUUUGGGUUGUGUAUAUUCACUGUACAUUGUUACUUCGCACGAGAUCCGAACUGUCAACAGCUGUCUGGGUGACUGGCUGUCUCUGUUUCUAGCUUGGCAUGCAUUAUUUGAUGCAUCCCUUUAUUGAAAUAGUAAUGUCUGUGUACAAAGUAACUACUGAUAUAAUCACUUGUACAGUUUCUUCCAACAAAUCUUUAUUCAUUUAUCCGCAAAUCGUGUUAUUUAUUAACAAUAUCAUUGAAUCACUUGUUACCAAAGAAAGUUCACUUAACAGUGCAUUUUCCAUUGCUUUUUCCGAAAUAUUUUUUAUUUUAAUAUCAUUAAGGCAUUGUUUUCUGUAUCUGUCAUAUUUUCAUGCAUUGUUCUAUAAUCUCUGUUUAUUCAUGUACUCGUAAAACUUCCCAUAAUAGCCAUGUGGCCAUGUGGUGUUUGCCCUGGCUGUGCCAGAGGGCCUGUGUAAUCAAGUGGGUGGCAAGGGAGACCCGUGCAACAUAUCACAUCAAGCAUAUCAUGAACCGUUUGAUAUUUUACCUUCCAGAAUAUCCUUCUUGUUGAAUGCCAUCGUGAGCUGAAUAAAAGCAUCAUUGCCCUU